AUGGCGAAUCGACGACGGCGCGACACCGACAAAGAACCCCCACCCGUAUCACCAGCACAAACACUAUCGACGCAACACCCGCCCCCGCCCCCGACCACAACGACAGCGACAACGGCGACGGCUGCUGCGCCGCCCCCGCGCCAGAGCUCGCUCCCCAGCAGCCUCAUCCCGCAUCUGUACUCCGCGCCCCAGCACCACCCGCCGCGCGACUCGUCGACGCGGACGACGCUUUCUGCUGAGGCGGAGCACGAGCACGAGCACGACGAGGAAAGGGAGGAGGAGGAGGACAGGAAAGGGACGUUCCCCCUCUCGCCUUUGCCUUCGCGCGCGCAUGCGCAUGUGGAUUCCCUUUCAUCACAUUCGAUCUCGCAUUCGCACCCUCAAAGUCAAAGUCAGACUCAAUCGCAUACGCGCACGCACUUUCGUACGCACUCGCACUCGCACUCGUCGCAAAUAUCGACGCACCACCAACACCCGCACGGCCAGGACCGCUUCCCCCCUCUCCCCGCCCCCAUCUAUGGGUAUGGGAACACGUAUGGGAACACGUACGAGUACGACGAUAGCCCGAUGGGCGUGCCGGCAGACCAGCAGCUGCGUCAUUUCCCUGGUGGGAUGGGAAGUGGGAGCGGGAUGGGAGGUGCGGAAACGAUGGCGCGGCAAGGAGGGCCGGCGGGGUCGUCGAGCAUGUCGAGCAUGCAUCAGUACCGGCUCGACCCCGCAGCGGCGUCGCCCUCAAUGCCGACAUCGAGCGCGUCGUCUCACCAGAGGGGAUAUACGAGCCCUAUCUACAGCAGCGAGCCCGCCUUUCACUCCUCACAGCAUCAGCAACGUAUCGUUCCUUCCCACCAGCACCUCCAACACCACCAGCAAUCCCAGCACCACCCACAAUCCCAGCACCAGCAAUCCCACCCGCACCACCCGCACCACCAACAAAGAAACCCUCCAACCUCAUACACCUUCCCUCCGCCCCUCCCACUUCUCCCUCUACCUCUACCGCUCCCUUCCUCCUCCUCAUCAUCGGCGUCGAGCAGGGAGGUGGGAUACUACCAGCAACGCACGGCUACGUCGUGGCGUGAAGGCGAGGCGGGACCGUCCUCGCUCGCGCACCCUGUGCCUCGUAUGGGCCAGAUUCAGGAUUACAGUCGGAGGGAAAGGGACAGGGAGAGGGAGGGUAGGAGGAGGCGCUCCAGCCCCAGUUUUAUGGCAGUGGACAUGCAGACGCCGAUGGCGCUUGACACCGCGCCUCACGGAUAUGGUAGCAGAAAUGCCAUUUUCGAACAUGGCGUUGGACAGGCGCAGUGCAUGGUCAUGGACAGGGCCACGGACAAGGCCAGCACGGGCACGCCCCCGGAAGAGGGCAUGGAGGACAAGGACACGGAGGACAUGGAGGACAUGGACAGGGACAGGGACAGGGCGCUCAUCAUCCCGCCGCUCAGCUCCUCAAGCGGGGGCGGCGGCGACGACCUCUCCUUCUCCGCAUACGACCGGCACGAUGCGUACGCGUACCCGCCCGUGGGGUCGCUGAGCAUCUCGGCGCCCCCGUCGGCGAACGGCAAGCGCCGGCGGGCCGAGUCUGUAGAGACGGACGAUAACGCACGCGGCACGGGCAAGUCGCGCAACCCGCGCAAGACGGCUGUAGCGUGCAAUUUCUGCCGAGGACGCAAGUUGAGAUGCAACGGGGUGAAGCCGUCGUGCUAUAACUGUACGGUGCGCAAGUUUGAGUGCGAGUAUGUGCCGAUCCAGAGGAGGAGGGGGCCGGGGAAGGCGCCCAAGGGAAGCCGGUCGCGCAAGGCCCAGCAGGCGGGUGGAAGUGGAAGUGGAGGCGCCGGACGGUCGGAGCCUUCAGGCUCGUCGAGCUCUAAAAACGCGGGAGAGAGAGGGCCGAGCAGCAAUGUGAUGAUGAUCCCCGAGUACGAGCUGGACGCGCUGGCGCCAGAGCUGCGGCCGUUCACGUCUGUCAUGGCGCUCGACCACUUUGGGUUCGACGCGGCGUCGAUGCCCUCGCUGCCUUCGCUGAGCCUGCCCCAGUACGCGUCGGGGGAGUCGGGGUCGGAGUACGUGAUGGGGCAGCGGAGUGGACGGGGCCGGAGUCGGGGACGGGGCUCGGGAGAUGAGACGGAUGGAGACGGCAAGAUGUGA